AUGAAAAGAGAACGUGAUCGUCGCAAAGCAGAGACGGCAGCCGCCACGGGAAAGUUGAAGAUUUGGGAAGAAGGGCAGCCGCAAGCUGAUGCAGGAAUGGACGAGCUCUUUGCUGUUUUGGGUUACAAAGUGAAAUCUUCAGACAUGGCGGUUGUAGCAAAUAAGCUUGAGCAAUUAGAGAUGGCCAUGGUCACCACUAUGGAAGAUGGAAUUUCCCAUCUUUCUACUGAUACAAUCCAUUACAACCCAUCUGAUCUCUCUGGGUGGGUCGAGAGCUUGUUGACUGAGCUCAGCAGUACCAGUAGUUUCGAUGUGAUCCCACAACAAAUUGGAGUUCCAGGUGAAUCUUCCAGUAAUCUUAUUAGUUUCUCCGAUGAUAAGCCAAUACACCAGAACAGAAAAGUCAUAUAUGAUUAUGAUUUAAGAGCAAUUCCUGGAGCGGCAAUUUGUAGAAGUGGGAAUGAAGACGAGAACCCAAAUCAUGAACCAUAUAGUGUUAUUAAGAGACACAGGUCUUCUCCUGGAUCUGAAUUUCUUGAUAAUGCUUCAUUAGCGGCGGCGCGGCCAGCGGUCCUGGUCGAUUCACAAGAAACAGGUGUUAGACUGGUGCACUCUUUGAUGGCUUGUGCAGAGGCUGUUCAAAGAGAUAACAUGAAGCUAGCAGAUGCAUUGGUGAAGUAUGUUGGUAUAUUAGCAGUUUCUCAAGUCGGGGCCAUGAGAAAAGUCGCCACCUAUUUCGCAGAAGCUUUGGCCCGGAGGAUUUACAAGAUUUAUCCACAAGAUUCCCUUGAAUCCUCCUAUUCCGAUGUUCUUCAAAUUCACUUUUACGAAUCUUGUCCAUAUCUAAAAUUCGCCCAUUUCACUGCUAAUCAGGCAAUUCUUGAAGCCUUUGCAGGUGCUAAUAGAGUCCACGUGAUUGAUUUCAGUUUGAAACAAGGAAUGCAGUGGCCGGCACUGAUGCAGGCUCUGGCUUUGAGACCCGGCGGUCCUCCCGAAUUCAGGCUAACUGGAGUUGGGCCGCCGCAGCCCGAUAACACUGAUGCUCUGCAGCAAGUAGGAUGGAAAUUGGCUCAAUUGGCUGAGACAAUUGGCUUGGAAUUCAAAUUCCGAGGUUUUGUUGCCAAUUCACUGGCUGAUCUUGAUGCCAGUAUGUUGGACGUUAAGUCUAAUAAUUUGGAAGUUGUAGCAGUUAAUUCGGUUUUCGAGUUGCACAGAUUACUGGCCCGGCCCGGUGGAAUUGACAAAGUGCUGAAUUCAAUCAAAGCGAUGAACCCUAAAAUAGUGUCUAUUGUUGAGCAGGAGGCUAAUCAUAAUGGAAAUGUAUUUUUGGACAGGUUUAAUGAGUCAUUGCAUUAUUAUUCCACGAUAUUUGACUCGCUGGAGAGUUCCGGGUCCACUCAGCCCAACAGCGAGGACUUUGUGAUGACCGAGGUGUACUUGGGGAGGCAGAUAUGCAACGUGGUAGCGUGUGAAGGGCCGGACCGCAUUGAGCGACACGAAACGUUAUCACAGUGGCGGGGAAGGAUGAACUCCGCCGGGUUUGACCCCGUCCACUUGGGUUCCAACGCGUUCAAGCAGGCGAGCAUGUUACUGGCGCUGUUUGCCGGCGGAGACGGGUACAGGGUCGAGGAAAAUGAUGGGAGUCUCAUGCUGGGAUGGCACACUCGGCCGCUCAUCGCCACCUCCGCUUGGCAGCUGAAGCCCCGCAGAGUAGAUAGAGUUGACUGGGUGAGUCAACUCCAACUGAGUCAUGAUUUUCUUGGCGAAUCGAACCCACUCAAACCGCUGACUGCCACCACAAAGAGUGCUAUCUCUGAGUUGGUUUGA